CCUGUCUCCUUCCUUUCCUCAUUCUUUUUCGCAAAUCCGCUUCCGCCAGUGAUUUUUCUAAGGCAGGAUAAUGGACCAAAAAAAUGUCGGUGAGCUAACGGCCACCCCUGUCGACUUAGAUGAACUGCCGGCCGGAUACUACUGCAGUAAGAACUUUGUCGGCUCUCUCAUUGCCGUGUGUUUGAUGGCCAUCAGUCUCUACCUGGGCUAUGUCUUACCAGUAAACAGCUUGAGCGCUAUCAAUGCUGACCUGGGGCCGGACCCCAGCUACAGCUUGAUCUCGACCGUUUUCACACUGAUCUCCGGAGUUGGCCUCCUCCUAGUUGGCCGCUUAGGAGACCUAUUUGGUCGCCGAUACAUCCUGAUUGGAGGGCAACUCCUCGGCCUCAUCGGUGCCAUAGUCUGCGCAACAGCCAAAACCGUUCCCACCGUCAUCGGAGGCAGUGUCCUCUGCGGUCUGGCUGCUGCAGUGCAAUUAACUUUCAGCUUCGUGAUCGCUGAGCUGGUCCCCAACCGUGCUCGUCCGGUUGUCAACGCCGGCAUCUUCAUCACAACGCUGCCAUUCUCUGCGUUCGGUUCUCUGAUUGCAGAUCUGUUCAUCGCCAACACCGCCCGCUCCUGGCGCUGGACCUACUACCUGAACAUCAUCACCUGUGGUCUAUCUAUCAUUCUGCUGGUUUUGUUCUACUUCCCUCCUGGCUGGGAUGCCAAGCGUGGAAAUGAAAGUCGCAUCGAUGGUCUCAAGAAAUUCGACUACAUUGGCUUUCUCCUGUACGCCGGUGGACUGAUUCUGGUCCUGCUUGGUCUCUCAUGGGGUGGCACAUCGUAUGCAUGGCACUCAGCCCAUGUCGUUGCUGUUCUGGUCAUCGGAUUCGUCUGCUUGCUUGCUUUUGCUCUAUAUGAAAUCUUCGUUCCCUUGCAGCAGCCCCUUCUUCCCAUGUCCUUACUCCGAAACCGUGGAUAUGCCGGUGCGGUGUGCUCGGCCCUAGUAGGAAACAUGGUCUACUUCUCCAUGAGUCUCCUCUGGCCAACCGCCAUCACCGACCUCUACACCACCGAUACCAUCAAAACCGGUUGGCUUUCAAUCUCCACCGGCGCCGGCGUCAUCAUCGGCGAAGUCGCCGCCGGCAUCCUAAUGAAACCCGUGGGAUACACCAAAUACCAACUGAUCAUAACCACUCUAAUGAUCACCGCAUUCUCGGGCGCCCUGGCAUCCAUUAACCAAUACCGCCAGGCAUACGGCAUCGCAUUCACCGCCAUCGGUGGCUUCUGGGUCGGCUACCUCGAAUUGAUAACUAUAAUCAUGUGCCCAUUGUACUGCUCACCCCAAGAUAUCGGCCUCGCAAGCGGCUUCCUCGGCUCCGCCAAGCAAGUCGCCGGCACCAUCGCCACCGCCAUCUACGUCGCCAUCCUGGACAACCGCAUCGCGGUGGACUUGCCGCGCGAUGUGUCUGCCGCCGCGUUGAAUGCUGGUUUACCUUCAUCGUCGCUGACGGAUCUGCUUGAGGCGGUGUCAGCGGGGACGACGGCCGCGUAUGAUGCUGUCCCCGGCAUGACGGCGAGUAUUCUGGGGAAGGUGACAGAGGCGGUGAAGACGGCGUAUUCGCAGUCGUUUCGCACGGUGUUUUUGGCGAGUAUUGCGUUUGGUGGGCUGUCUGUGAUUGCGGCGUGUUUCGCCGAGGGAGUAGAUGCGAGGUUUACAAAGGAUGUGGCGGCGAAAUUGGGAGGUCUGGAUGGGGAUGGGAAAGGGGGGAGUGAGGAAAAAAUGAAAGAUGGAGGGGAGGUUUAGAUGUGUGUUUGGG